AUGACCAGCGUUCCUCAGGCUCGACUGAAUACGGGUGCUACUAUUCCCCUGGUUGGCCUAGGGUGUUGGAUGGGUGUACCUGGUGGCGGCGAGCGUGUGUACAAUAUGUGCAUGAAAGCUAUUUCCUUGGGGUACAGGCACAUCGACACCGCUGCAGGCUAUGCGAACGAAGAACAAGUUGGCAAAGCCAUCCGCGACUCGGGCAUCCCCCGCUCCGAGUUCUUCAUCACCACGAAGCUCGCGAACGAAGAAGCGCACGCGGCAGUAUCCAAAGCGCUCGACACCUCCCUCGCCAACCUAGGGCUCGAGUAUGUCGACCUAUACCUUAUACAUUGGCCACAAGCUGCCAUGAACGGAAAAGUCCUGCAACCGGACGAGCAUCCCACCAUCAACGAUACCUGGGCCGAUAUGGAGAAGGUAUUCGAAGAGGGCAGGGCGAAGGCGAUCGGAGUUAGCAACUUCAGCGUCAAGACUCUGAAGCGCUUGGAGGAGACGUGGAAGGUCGUGCCUGCUGUUGAUCAGAUUGAGAUGCACCCGUUUUUACCGCAGAAUGAGCUGAAGGCGUAUUGCGAGGAGAAGGGUAUUCAUCUCACCGCUUACUCGCCAGUCGGCCAGCCAUCCGAGACGUCCAAGGCCCCUUCGCUCUUGAAGAACGAUCUGAUCGUUGAACUGGCGGGGAAGUACAGCGCGACGCCCGGCCAGAUCUUGCUGAGUUGGGGUGUCCAGCGCGGAACGAGCGUCAUCCCGAAGAGCGAGAAUGAGGAACGUCUGCGGAAGAACAUCACGGUCGUCAAGCUUGAAGACGCGGAUGUGAAGAUGAUCGACGAGCUGCACACUCGGCCAGGCCUCCACCGUUCAACACUUCCUUACCACGGAGACAACGGGGUCUUCGGCUGGACGUACGAGCAGCUCGGUUGGCCCUUCAAUGGCGAGGGCAUCGUGAUCAAGCUGUAG